AUGGUUAGUUGGGAAAGCUUCAAAACAGACUCCAAUUCCAGUACUGGACAAUUUGCGUCAUUUUACCUCACUGGGAUUCCUGACUAUGAGAAUUUUCAUCGUUUCAUCUCCAUUCCAUUUUCUAUGCUCUACCUGGUUGGAAUAGUGGGCAACUGCACAAUCCUUCAGGUCAUCUACACUAACAUGAGUCUCCAUGAACCCAUGUACUACUUCUUGGCCAUGCUGUCCCUCACAGACAUGGGCAUGUCCAUCUCCACUCUUCCCACUGUACUGAAGGUCUUCUGGUUUGAUGCUAGAGAGAUUGAGCUAAAUGCAUGUGUGGUCCAGAUGUAUUUCAUUCAUACGUUUUCUCUGAUGGAGUCAGCUGUGCUCCUAGCCAUGGCCUUUGACAGGUAUGUUGCCAUAUGUGAUCCCUUGAGAUACUCCAACAAACUGACGCCACAACGCAUUAUCUUCAUAGGGAUCCUCAUUGUAAUCAGAUGUUCUAUUGUUCUCCCUGUUAUUCUUGUUCGCAUUCCCACAUUGUCUUUUUGUCGGUCCCAUGUUCUCUCUCAUUCUUUCUGUUUGCACCAAGAUGUCAUUCGCUUGGCCUGUGCUGACAUCUCUUUCAACAUCUUGUAUGGUUUAUUUGUUGUAGCCUUUUACUGGGGUGUAGAUUCUCUAGGAAUCUUUUUAUCGUAUGCUUUUAUUCUUCACUCAGUGCUAGGCAUUGCAUCCAAGGAAGGAAAGCUCAAAGCCCUAAACACAUGUGCCUGCCACAUAUGUGCUGUGCUUAUUCUGUAUGUGCCAAUGAUAGGGUUAUCUUUAGUGCAUCGCUUUGCAAAACAUUCCUCCCCAAUUAUCCACAUAACCAUGGCCAAUGUUUACCUGUUGGUCCCACCAGUACUCAACCCAAUUAUUUACAGCAUCAAGACAAAGCAAAUUCGCCAAGGUUUCCUAAGGAUACUAAUACCUAAAAAGAUUGGAUUUGCUCAUACUUAA